CCUGAGUUCAUACCAAUCUAGCCAUUGUUUUCGCGCCAAUAGCCGUUAUAACUCACUAUAUCAAUCAGUAAAUGGCAUUACCUUGGAUAAUCUGCACAGAGCUCGUCACACAACGUCUGACCGGGGAAUAUGCAGCUAGAAUAUGUAGGUAGUACCUGCAUUCAAAGCGCUUCUGCAGCGCGGAGUGCAUUAUCGUGUGCGACACUAAUCUCGCCGUCUUGUACAUCCUCCACUUUGCGCAGCAUCUUGCUCGAAGGUCUAUACCCGGCUCAUAUCGACCAAAAUGCGCUUCCCACUAGCCAUACUCACUCUCCUCUCCACCCUUCUGACCCUAUCCUUGACACUCGCCCUCCCCAACCCUACAAGCGUCAGCGAGGUCCGCCCCCAAACCACCGAAACCAUCACUCUCAUCACCUCUCUCGCCAACGUCGGCUUGAACGCCAUCAAGCUAGAUAGAGCCGUUCGAUCCUUUACAGACAAUGUGGACGAAAUCAAAACCCUCUCCGCGAAUCUCGAGCACAGCAUCAAUCAAGCAAUAUCAACAACCAAAUCGACCGGGAACCUCGACACCCCCAGCAGUCACAUUAUUGCUGGAAUAUGUGUGCCUCUGAAACCUAUCUUUGCAGAUAUGUUGAAAGCUAUCAGUAAUAAGGUCAGUAUUCCCCCGGCCUUUUGGACUAUCUGUUGGGGAGGCAUAUAGUAGGAUAUUCAUGCUCAUUGUAUCACAGAAAAGGGACUUCUUUAGGGCGCAUUAUGGUGACGACAUGCUGCAAACUCUGACCAGUCUGAGAAUAAAAAGUCGUUCUGAGGCCAAGGCACUCAAGGAUAUCACGAGGGAGCUUGAUGGAGCGUUUAUCCUGUUCUUGGAGGAUCUGGUGGAUAAGCAGUUUGCCAUGACGAUUGCGGAGUAUAAAAUGAAAGGGAUCGACGGAGGUAAUCCGGUUGCGCGCUGUAUGAAUGUUAGUCUAAUAGUAAUACCUGACGCGUGAUGGCAUCCGACAGCGACUGGUGUGAUGUGGGUAGAUAGUUGCUUUGAUUCGGGGCCCUCGAUCCAUGUAUGGGUAUUGUGG